AUGACGCCACCUCGCAUCGACAAGAAAAGCCUUGGUGCCAAGAUUCCCCCCGCCUCCUCGUUCCCCGAGCCCCCACCGAAGGCCAAACAACAGGAAGAAGUCAACAUGGAGGAGCCAACCCCUGAGCCAGAGCCUGAACCAGUAAACCCAGAAAGUGAAGAGAGUGAAGUUGAGCUGGACACCAGUGGUGUUGUGGAGCCGGACCAUGACGAUCCACUGUCUAUGGGAGACAGCAGUGUUGAGGUUACAGAAGAGAUGAUGGAGCAGAGUUCCGAAAAGAGGGGACAAGCGAUGGAAGCUCAAAGUGAAGGGAAACUUGAUGAGUCAUUGAAGUUGUGGACCGAAGCCAUUGAACUAAAUCCAUCAAGUGCUAUCCUGUUUGCCAAACGAGCAAAUGUGCUGUUAAAACUAGAGAAGCCAAAUGCUGCCAUUCGAGAUGCCAACAAGGCCUUGGAGUUAAAUCCCGACCAAGCACUGGGCUACAAGAUUCGAGGGAGAGCACACAGGUUGGUAUACCUUGUCCACUAAGUUCUACCAAUAGCA